AUGAGUCCAUUACUAAUUGUAUAUGAUAUCGGAUUAUGUUAUAUAAAAUACACUGAAGGUUUUCUAUUAAUACCAAAUACUGGUGAAAUUAUUACGAAACCUCAAGAUUAUUGGAAUGAUUCAAAUAGAAAACUUCUGAUACCUUUUAAUUAUAUUCUUUGCGCCAAUUUUAGUGCUCAAACUUGUCUAUUAUUCUUGUUACAGGCAUUUUGGAAUUAUCUCGCCAAUAGUAUUGCUAAAACAACAUUUAUGAGUAGUUUCGAAUUUAAAUCCUAUAUCAUUUAUUCCGUAUUCAGUGCUGCUUUAUUUCCAUUAUUACAAUGGAUGUUUCGUUGUGAUAAAUUAUACACGGAAGUUAUUCCUCGUCUCGCUUAUUCAGGUAUUAUGAUUAUUAUUGCUCUCUUGGGAAUAAUAAGUGAUUGGCGAUUCUCCAAAUUAUUGAGAGCUACUAAUGUGGUUAAUGCUUCCCAAUUAAAUAAAGAAUUAUCAUCUUCACUUGAUGUAAAAUCAAAAAAUAAUAAUUUUUUGGAUUCUUAUAAUAAUGGUGGUAGUGGUAAUAAUGGUGGUAAACGUUGGUCAAAAUAUAUUCCCGUAAGCGAAAUUAGUCUUUGGUCUUCUCAAGUUUCAUCAAGAAAUGAUAAUUCUAAUCGUUCGAUUGUAUUGGAUAUAUUACCACCUUCUCCUUCAUUUCCUCAUCCUCCACCUCCUAUUAAAACAAAUUUUUCACAUUCUUUAAAAUAUCCAUCAUCUCCAGUAAUGAAUAAUAAAAGAAAUAGUUUUAAUUCUUUAACUUCAUCAUCUCCCUUAUCUUCACCCCUUCCUAUUCAAACAAAUCCUAAUUUACCAAUGAUUAAGAUUACAGAUUCAUUAACUUCAUUAAGGGCUAAAAAAUUAUUACAGGAUAAUGAAAAAAAUGAAAAAAAUAAAUUGAAAAUUUAA